GAAGUCAACUUGUUCCGAAACCACCACCUUAGGAACGAUUAGCCAUUAUGGCAGACUCUUUUACCUCCCCUAUCCCUCAAGCAACUCAUUCUGAUCCCGGACCUAGCCAGGAAAUAGAACCUCACCUGAAGGAACCUUGUCCAACCGCAACUAGAAAUUCAUGGAGACCGCCCAAAUCUGAAAGCUACUCGCAACGAAGUUGAACGAACUCGCUCAGCACAAUACACAGCUCACUACGCCGUCACUGUAUAAUUCAAGAGUGGGGCGAGUGAGAUAGUACAAACGGUUUGUACUCUUCCCCCCCCCCCCCCCCGGAUAUGUACUGCUGACCUUCUGGUAGAUUGCCAGGAAGAUCUCUCCUCUAUCAGGCGAUGGUCUUCUGAUAACCCCAACCCUGUUCCAUCCCCCUCCUUUUCGUUCAACCACCUCAUCUUUAACUUCGAUCCAAUUUGACGAUGCCCGGUGACGACUCUGCCCGCGAUCAAUUAACGAACCGUCAGAUUCCUCAGAUUCGUCGAAUUGAUGAAAGAGCUCUCCAAGCCCUUGAAUCCUCUCAACGCCCUGGUAGGUGUUCUGCCAACCAAUACCAUGCCUCUCGAGCGCGCGAAAAGACGGUUCGGGAUACAAGGAAAUGCGAUCAUGACAGGUGGCUCCGGUGGUCCAAUCGUGAUACGCGCUCUCCUCAAGCACGGUACAUCUGGGGUUGCAGCAUUUGAUAUUCCCAGAUCGCUCGAGACAGCGAAAGACGCGAUCGAGACUCUGCGUCUGAUGUUAGGGAUCAUGAUCUGAUCGAAAAGAGUGUUCAGGAAGUUGCGGACAGGUUGGGUACCGUCGAUAUACUCCUAUGUCUUGCUAGAGUCAUCCACCACGACCAUGCUCUCGAAACAUCAAACGUGGAUUGGAGGAGAGUCAUGGAUGUAAUGUCACGGGUGGCUGGAUUUGUGCUCAGGCUGUCGGAAAACGGAUGGUCGCUCAGCAAACAGGCGGAAGCAUCGUCUUCACCGCAUCCAUCUCCGCGCAUCGCAUCAACUCUUUCAAUCUUACAGCACAUCUAAAGCGUCAAUCUUACAAUUGAUGCAUUCCCUUGCUGCUGAACGGACUGUACAUGGCAUUCGGGCGAAUUCCUGGUACAUGGAUCGUAACCUAAACCAUGGAGAAGGUCUUGAGGAGUGUAGGAAUAUAUUGGCGAGUCGAAAUCCAAUGGCGCCGGAUUCUAAAGAGGUCUGUGUAGACGGGUGUCCGAGUAUACGUGGACUAGUAUUACAGUUGAGAGGCAAUCC